GCCAUCUUCGUCCAGCGGCUGCCCCGUUCGAGCGCAGCGAAACAACUAUCACCAUGACCAGUGACGACCAGUUCUUCUUCGACUAUUUGGCUUCGAUACCGCAUGACGUAAGGCGAUAUUCUCAUCAAGUCGCCGAUUCUAUCGAUCGUCAAGUUGACCACGCUGCAAAUGCGAUCCGUGAUACCCUCUCCAACCAGACAUGGCUUCCUUCUACAGUCCGCCCCUCGCCUAGAUACCGACCGAGUCCGGUUAUGUCGCAGUCCCUGACUGAUCGCGUGCAUGGAUGGAUUUUGCAUAACCGAGCAUGGAGCGCGGCCAUCCUCGCCUUCGUUGGAACCACAUGCGUCCUAUACUGGGGCAACAAGAAGUUUAAUGGCAAACGGCGACGAGCAAGAAGGGCUGGAAAUGGCGCCCGGAAGGAAAUUGUGGUUAUCGCGGGAUCAGCGCACGAACCGAUGACUCGAGCGAUCGCAUCCGAUCUCGAACGUCGAGGCUACAUUGUCUAUGUGACGGUGUCCUCCAGCGAUGAAGAGCAGAUCAUUCGGGCCGAGAGUCGCGACGACAUUCGGUCCCUCUGGCUUGAUCUUUCCACCACACCCUCAAGCUCAACCGAUAUUCACCCUUCCCUCAGCGAAAUCCAUACCCUGAUCACUCAGCCGCAAUCGCCCAUCGCCGGCCUACAACCCCACACCUGCCAGCUGAGCGGGCUCAUCCUCGUCCCCUCGCCCAACUACACCAGCGGCCCAGUCGCGACCAUCCCGCCCUCAACCUGGAUUGACACGAUCAACACGCGCCUCCUUUCCCCUAUCCUCACCACGCAGCUUUUCCUUCCUCUGCUCAACGUCCGCAACAACCAUAGCACCAUCAUCGUCGCAUACCCCACCAUUUCCUCGUCCCUCUCCGCCCCCUUCAGCGGCCCCGAAGUCGCAACCACCCGCGCGCUAUCCGGAUUCGCAACCUCCCUUCGCCGCGAAAUAACCUCCAACCCGCACCUCCACGUCGUAGAGCUCAAACUCGGCAACAUCGACCUCGGCCCAUCUUACCGGACGCCGCAAGGCCACAUCGCCGGCACGGAGGUCCUAAGCUGGAGCGUCCAGCAGCGUUCGCUAUACGCGUCGCAGUACCUGAACAGCAUCGAGGCGCGGCCGGCGGCGUCGGCAGGCCCGAGUCUCAUCCGGGGGUCGUCUGCGCGCACCCUGCAUUACGCGGUGCAGGAUGCGCUGGAAGCGCCGGCGAAGGAUGUGUUCGGCCGACGGGGCAGCAAGAAGGCGGUGGUGUACGUCGGGAGGGGCGCGAGGACGUAUAGUCUGAUCGGGGAUUGGGUGCCUUCUGGGCUUGUGGGUUGGAUGUUGGGACUGAGGUCUAAGCAGCAGCAAUUCUCCUUCCAGCCGCAACAUGCGGGAAGUGGUAGUGAGACGAGUACUUGGGAGCGGGUGUAG